AUGAUUCACGAACAUUUUCGUGUGUAGUUACUACACAAUUUGCAAAAAAUGAAUUACAACAACUAAUGCAAGAUUAUGGCUUCUCUCCUGUAUGUGUAUGCGUGUGUCUAUUCAACUGAUGCCUUUGAGAAAAUGACUCACCACAGAUCUCACAAUAAUAAGGUUUCUCUCCUGUAUGAAGGCGAUUGUGAGUAACCAAUUUGACUAUUUCGAGAAAACGAUUUACCACAGAUAUCACAGUGAUAUGGCUACUCUCCUGUAUGAGUGCGAUUGUGACUAACAAAUUGACUAUUACGAGAGAAUGUUUUACCACAGAUAUCACAAUGAUGUGGUUUCUCUCCUGUAUGAAUAGCCCAUUCCGGUCGGCCACAAAACAGCGCGCUUUCACUCUUACUGUCUUCUGUGUGUGCAAGGUGCUUUGAAAUUGACAUCAUUAUUAUUAAUUAGACUAAUUAGUUAUCGGUCUGUGAUUUGUAGUUUUUGUCUGAAUACGAAUAUCACAUGUUGAUGUGAAGGAAAUCUCUCCAUUCAGAAGUGUCUUUGAUAUUCUCAUCACCUAAAGGAAGACAGUAUAUUUGUAAGGAGCAUUCAUGAAUAAGUCUACCUCUGUAUAUAAAUACAAUCUAUAACAAGGAACAGCAAAAUAUUUUUCUUUCUGUGGAAUGUAUGGAAGAAACAUUACAUUAAAUUGUUAUCUGAAUGAAGUGACAAAAGUGAACAGAAAUAUAUUCAUGGAAAUGAAAAACACUUUAUCAUUGUGAAUUGUAUGAUAAGUAAUUCUCUCAUAAUGAAUAAUUUAACUGAAUCAGAAAAUCUUGAUAAAGAGGAAAAGCCAUAUCACUGGAAUAUCUGUGGAAAAUCAUUUUCUUACAAUAGUGACAUUGUUAGACACAAAAGUACACAUACGGGAGAGAAGCCAUAUCAUUGUGAUAUCUGUGGUAAAUCAUUCUCUCAAAGCACUCAAUUGACUGAUCACAUACGUACACAUACUGGUGAGAAACCUUAUCAUUGUGAUAUCUGUGGUAAAUCAUUCUCUCAUAAUAGUUAUUUGGUUACUCACAAUCGCCUUCAUACUGGUGAGAAACCUUAUCACUGUGAUAUCUGUGGUAAAUCAUUCUCGUCUAAUACUCAACUGCUUGUUCACAAACGCAUUCAUACAGGAGAGAAACCAUAUCGUUGUGAUGUCUGUGGUAAAUCAUUCUCUUGUAAAAGUAAUUUGGUUACUCACAAUCGCCUUCAUACAGGAGAGAAACCGUAUCAUUGUGAGAUCUGUGGUAAAUCAUUCUCUCGAAAUAGUCAUUUGGUUACUCACAAUCGCCUUCAUACUGGUGAGAAACCUUAUCAUUGUGAGAUCUGUGGUAAAUCAUUCUCUCAAAGCACUCACUUGACUAAUCACAAGCCUACACAUGCAGGAGAGAAGGCAUAAUCCCGCAUUAGUUGUUGCAAUUCAUUUUUUGCAAAUGGUGUUGUAACUACACACGAAAAUCUUCAUACCAGACACAACCUAUGUAAUGGUCGUGUCUGUGUUAAAGCAUUCUCUCAUAGACCUAACUUAACUCUACAUGAACGAAUCCCUACAUGAGAGUUGCCAUGGCAGUGUGACGUGUGUGGCAAAUCAUUCUCUCAAAAAAGCCACAUGCAUAAACAUGUGGGUAUUCAGACAUGUUACUGUCUCAAUGUCAAAAUUUAUUACGUCAUAACAAUAAUUAACACUGUUUGGUCUGCUAAAACACAGGCUUUUUCCUUUCAUCAGUUAUAGGAAUUUCUUAA